GCAUCGCGUUGACACUGCCUUGAUGGAGAAACUGCUACAGGAGGCUGAGAGUGGAUAACUGUAAAUGUUCAACAAUCAAUAAACACAACCAAUGAACUAACUCCAGUGUCGUUGUCUUCAAUCAGAGCUACUCACUGUGAUGUCACAGAGAGGCUCCGCCUCCUGUCACAGGGAAACCAGGUCAGAGAUUCCACAAGACAUUUCACUGUCAACAUGGCUGCCGAGCAAGGACCUCAAGGACUCUCUGGUGGACAUGUACUCAGCUAAUCCUAAAGUGAAUGAGGAGCUGCGACAACGUCUGCCUUCACCUGUCAGAACAGGGAUCCGCCUGAGUGUGGAUCUCAAGGAAGAGCCUCCCAGAUCACGCUCUGUCUCACCUGCCAGGAGGUCUGGUGGAACAUCAGUAGUAAUGCAGUGUAGUGUCCCCACCAGCAGGGGGCCAUCCCCUUCUCUCUCCCCUUCUCUCUGCCCCUCUCCAAGGAGAGACAUUGAUGAAGUAAAUGCCCCAGUGAAACGAGGGCCUCUACUGGGUGCUGAUCACAGCUCUCCCCAAGACGUCCAUACAGGACAUCACACCUUGGAUUGGGGCAAAAACAUCUCAUUUCUUCUGAAGCAGUUAGAUGCCUUGAGGGACGCCAACCACAGGCUGCAGGAGCAGUUGCUGCAAAAGGAGGAAGAGCUACAGAGGAGGAAAGUGGAGGAGGACCUAGGCCAAAAAACAAGUGAAGGACAUACAGAAUUGUGGGAUGAGGUCCUAGUCGCACAGAAAGACAGAGACCAGGCUCUGAUGUCACGACUCCAACUGGCCAAUGAGGAAAGGGACAUGGCUCUACUUCGUAUACGUCGAUUUCAGCAGGCAGAAGAAUCAGAGCACAUGAAGGUCAACUCACACACCGCUGACAUGGAAGUGGAGCAGCUGCUUCAGUGUGUGUGUGAUGCAGACUCAGUCCAACAGGUAGAGCAAUACGGUUCGGCUUUGGUUCAACGUCUGCUCGCAGCACGUCAACGGCGAAAAGAAAUCACCGCCGAGGAAAUGAAGGCUGUGAUGAUGGAGAGAGACGUCUGUGUGGCCAAAUUUAAACGUCUGGAACACGAGCUGAUUCAGGAGAGAGAGGAGAGAACGAGCAAGGAGGAGCUGCUGAGACAUCAUAGAGACAAAGACAUGAAUGACAGGUGGCAGCUGGAGGCGGAGCUAGAGUCACUUAGAGCCAAUAACAGCUCUCAGGAUGUCACCGUGGCUCCGCCCUCGUCUCUGGACAACAGUAGUUCACUGGAGGCCGCGCCCCUAUUGGUGCAACUACAGCAGCUCUCGAAGGAUAAGGAGCUUGUGGAGGUGGAGCUCAAGCGCUGUCAGGAGGCAGAACAAGAAGCCACGGAAAGAGUCCGCAGGUUGGAGCGUCUGGUGGACGUUCUGAGGAAGAAAGUGGGGACAGGAAGUGUCCGAGCCAUGAUCUGAUCCAAACUUUUGAAUCAUUAAUUAAGAAUAAGUAGAAUUUAAUUGCUUUUAUUUGUAUCUGGUGUUUUAAUUGUUGUGGAAUGUUUGACCAAUCAGUGAGCUGCUGGGGUGUGAUCUCACAUGUGAUCACAAAUGGUUUUUUAAUCAGUUUGUCAAAUGAUAAUCAGUGAAAUAAAAUAAUCCAAACAAUCA